GUAUAAAAGCAAAUCGCAAGCACAGGCAGCGCUUCAAUUCGCCAACGGCUCAAAUGUUGGACACAACAACAAGUAACCUCACGCAUGCCACACAGUGUGGCACACCUGCCAUCGGCCUGUUCCAAGGCAUGGUCACCAUGCUGCUCCAGAGUCUACUCGCCGCCCAGUGUCGUGUGGCACCCGCCUCCCUCUGGCCACCGGAUGCAGGCGAUCAGCUGCUUCCCCAACUACAACGCCAAGAGCUGGACUUUGAUUUCGUUGUGAUUGGCGCCGGGUCGGCAGGAUCUGUGGUUGCAAGUCGCCUCAGCGAGAACCCCAACUGGCGUGUGCUCGUCCUCGAGGCUGGAGGAGAUCCCCCCGUCGAAUCCGAGAUUCCCGCACUCUUCACUGGCCUGCAGCUCACGGACUUUAUGUGGAACUACUACACGGAGCCGAGUUCUCGCUCCUGUCUGGGCAUGAAGCAGGGACGCUGCUACUGGCCUCGAGGCCGCAUGAUUGGCGGCUCCGGCGGCGUUAAUACGAUGCUCUAUCUGCGCGGCAAUCGUCGCGAUUUCGACGACUGGUCCGACAUGGGAAACACGGGCUGGAGCUACGACGAGGUGCUCGCCUACUAUGAGAAGUCUGUGCGUCCCGUCGGCAAUGCCACACAUCCUCAGGGCUACGUGAAACUGAGUUACUUCGAGACGCCACAAGACCCGCCCUUUUCUAUGAUCUACGAGGGAGCUCAGAGGCUGGGUGUGCCGCGGGUGCGCGAGUUCGCCGAGGGCAGCUUCGUGGGCUAUGCCCAGGUGCCGGUGACAGCGCAGCACGGAGAACGUGCUUCCACUGGCAAGGAGUACUUGGGACGUGUGUCGAAACGCCGUAAUCUGAAGGUGAUCAAGCAUGCGCUGGUCAAGCAGCUGCACUUCGAUGCGACAGCACAACGUGUGGAAGCUGUGAGCUUUGAGCGCAACGGACACACUUACCGCGUGGGCGUGGCCAAGGAGGCAGUGCUCUCGGCGGGCGCCAUUGAUUCACCAGCGCUGCUGCUGCGCUCGGGAAUUGGGCCAGGCCAAGAGCUAGAGCAGCUGCAGUUACGGGUGCUCAGAGAUUUGCCGGGCGUGGGCAAGAAUCUUCAGGAUCAUGUCUUAGUUCCGAUCUUCAUGCAGUUGCAGGUGAACGAGCCGCAGUCCGAAAAGGAGAUACUCGACAGCAUCUACGAUUAUCUGUUGAGUCGCAAUGGUUCGUUGGCCAACCAUGGCACCGCCUCCAUUGUGGGCUUCAUCAACACGAACAGCAGCAGCGAUCAACGCUAUCCGGACGUUGAGCUGCAUCAUUCGUUUAUGCCGCGUGGCCGUCACGAUGUGCUUGCCAUGUUUGUGGGUGGUCUUAGCAUCCAGGAGCAGUAUGUACAGCAUCUUCAGCAGCUACUGAUCGACUCUGAUCUGCUCUGCAUCUUUGUGGUGCUCUCGCAACCCCAGUCCAAGGGCGAGUUGCGUCUACGCCAAGAAAACCCCAACGAAGCUCCGCUCCUCUUCAGCAACUAUCUGUCCCACCCCGAAGAUUUGGCAACGAUAUUGCGUGGCAUACGAUACCAGGAGCAACUGCUCGACACUGCCGCCUACAAGGCAUCGGGUGCCCAACUCACGCACAUGCCCAUUGAGGAGUGCGAUGCCGGGUAUGAGUAUCGAUCCGAUGACUAUUGGCGUUGCUAUGCGAAGUACUUUUCAAUGACCUGCUACCAUCAGGUGGGCACCCUUAAGAUGUCACCGGCCAGCGAUCCGGAGGCCUGUGUCAGUCCCCGCCUUCAGCUGCACGGUGUCGACAAUCUGCGUGUAGCCGAUGCCAGCAUUAUGCCUAAUAUCGUCAGUGCUAAUACGAAUGCCGCUGCCAUCAUGAUCGGGGAAAGGGCGGCGGACUUUAUUGCCCAGGACUGGGUUGCCUUGGGGGAUGACCGCGAGGACAAUCGCCACACCCACGACUACGACUUGUGAACAACAGUUUGAAGUAACUCAUUUUAAGUAUAAGCUAGAAAUUUGCAAGCUUUUCUUUUACCAAACAGAAAUCUGUAAUAUUUAUAAUUCAAACAUUCGUUCAGUCGAGGGUGUCGAAAGGAUUUUUAAGCCGACAGCCAGACACUCAGAUAGAUAUAUAAGCAAAUCUAUAAUGACUAGAAGAUAAAUCCGUAAGGGAAUUCAAUUAAUUUCAUACCCAAAUUGUACAAUUCUAUAUGCAUUUGUAUCCCAAAGUUUUGUGUGGUAAGUUUUUAUUUUUAAA